UCGGUUUCACAGUGUUGACGUCGCAUGGCCGGGUGGGAGGGGGUGGUUGAUUUCAAACCAUUGUCAUCAGUUUCACAACAUUGUCAUAAAAUGGGGUGCAAGAUGGGGGAUUUUCGCGGUUUGACAAGCUCUUCAGCGCUUUCACUGUCAUUGAAGGUUUCAUGAACUCCUUGAUGACAGUUGUCCAGGUCCAUCAAAGGCUGCAUCGACAAGACUCCUCUUUGCAGAACCUCGCCACAGCGCCAUUCAUAUUCGCACGGGGCCUCCCCAACCCCCUGAACUAUUGCCUAGAAACUUUCCUCAAAUCAGGAACGCUUGAUUGAAAAGGAAAGUCUUAGAUAAGAAGAGGACUUGCCAAGAAGGAUCAAACUUAUAUAAUGAAGAUGCAAAGGCUUGGCUCCAGCUGAGGGUUGGGGUUACCACGUAGCAGUACGGGAGGAGUCUGAUGAGGAGGGGGUAGGGAGAGGACGAAACUCUCACAGCAGGAUUGCUUCCUGGCUUUGUGGGAAGAGUGGAAGGGAGGGGACCAUGCAUGAAAUCUACAACAGAGUCUUUUUCUCCGCCAAGCCUCAACAACAAUGAGACAAUGUGUGAUGUCCCGCCAUAGAAACAGUUGCAUCCACUGUUGUUGUUGUUGUCGUCCUCGUUGUCGGCGUGGCCAGUCGAGAGCCUAAACAACAAGACACGCUUGUGUUCCAGAGCAUUUUGAUGUGUAUAUACAUAUACCGUAAGGCUUCCAACAACCAUUGUUUUAAUGGUCUUUACCGAACCACCAUUGUUUUACUAAGGAUUUUACACUACGCAACCAGGUCAACCUUUCUUUGAAUGGUCUUGGAAAGCCUAGGAUAUAUAUAUAUAUACAUACGGUGUAUGGCCUUUAAAGAACACAUUUUGUUACUGGAAAAGAGACAUGUCUUUACACCCCUGUGUGGUAUGUACAUUGCAGGUGCCUCAUGUUGCGCAGUGCCUGAGGACCUCAACAGUGUGGAGUUUGUUUGUGCCAAUUCUGGAGCAAUAGCGGCUGUGACAGAUGGACGCGUGAUUACCUGGGGUGAAGCAAACCUUGGUGGAGAUUCUGCAGCCGUGCGGCAUCAGCUCGUGGAUGUUUGCAGUGUUUGCUCCUCUGCUUAUGCCUUCGCUGCGCUGAAACAUGAUGGCUCAGUGGUCUGCUGGGGCGACUCCAACGCAGGAGGAGAUAGCACUGCAGUGCAGGAGCAGUUGCACAGUGUGCGCCAGAUCUCUGCAGCAACCUGGGCUUUUGCAGCAAUAAAAGGUGACGGAUCAGUGGUCACCUGGGGAAACGACCGAAAGGGUGGCGACAGCAGCAGUGUUCAGGACCAAUUGAUGAACGUAAAGAGCAUUUGCGCAUCAUCAUGGGCUUUUGCAGCACUGAGAGCCGAUGGGCGCGCAAUCACCUGGGGAGUUGCAAACAAAGGUGGUGACAGCAGGUCUGUGCAAGAGCACCUACACAAUGUCCUGCAGCUUCGAGCCACAUCUUGGGCUUUUGCUGCCUUGAAAAGUGAUGGAACAGUACUGAGUUGGGGUGAUCCUGAGAGUGGUGGAGACUGCCGAAAAGUACAACACAGAUUGACGAGCGUUUGUCAACUUUGUGCCUGUGCCGAAGCUUUUGCUGCUCUCACUCGGCUUGGUCAGGUGGUGACAUGGGGUCAUGUUCUGUGCCAGCGAAGUUCAUCAGAUGGCUCAUUGAACGAUGUGCAGAGGAUGUCAGCUUCCUCCAGAGCAUUUGCCGCACUCAAAAAGGAUGGCACGGUGGUUACAUGGGGUGAUAGGCACAAGUCUGAAAGUCUCACGGUUUGACCACACACCGCUGACCAAUGUUAACAAACGCAAGGCCUCAUAAGAUUCUGACGAGGCAGCUGUGUAAGAUUCUGACGUUCUGUUUGUCCCACUUUGGGUUGCCUGACUAGGCAGAAAGGAGGCAGCAGUGGAACUAUGGAGCCCGAGCUUGUGGAUAUUCAUCAAAUUUGUGGAUCCUCUUGGGCCUUCGCAGCACUUCGCGGUGAUGGACAGGUGAUAACUUGGGGAGAUCCUCGAAAUGGGGGAGAUUCGAGCGCUGUCAGUCAUUGCUUAAGUGAUAUCGUGGACCUUUUCGCAUAGAAAAGGAGUUGAAUCCUGCUGUGCAAAAUUCAUGCGAUGCACUAUAAAUCGAACGAAAUCGAAUUGGGUAGAAGACCGAACAGGAGAGCUAGUCAGUAAUUUGCG